AUACCCACUAGGAGCGACUCCACUCUGGCCUCUACCGUCAUGUGACUUGGUUAUGUUGAGCGUUGACGUCAUCUGACGGCUCCGGGAGGAACAUGGCGACCAAGGGGGGCAGCAGUAGUUCCCGGGGGUUUUAUUUUAACACCGUGCUGUCCCUUGCCCGCUCCCUGGCAGUGCAGAGGCCGGCGGCCCUGGAGAAGGUGCAGAAGUUGCUAUGUAUGUGCCCCGUUGAUUUUCAUGGAGUGUUUCAACUGGACGAGAGGCGCAGAGAUGCCCUUAUUGCUUUGGGAAUUUUCCUGGUUGAAUCUGAUCUUCAGCACAAAGAGAAUAUUGUACCGUAUCUCCUGAGGCUGCUGAGGGGUCUUCCGAAAGUACUAUGGCUAGAGGAGAGCACAUCUCGAAAAAACAAGGGCAUGCUUCCGGUAGCAGAGACAUUCAGCUUCUGCCUUGUUACUUUACUCUCAGAUGUUGCUCACAGAGAUGAGACCUUCAGAAGACAGAUAUUAGAGACAAUCCUAGAUGUGAUGCAAUGUCUACUUGGAAUGUGCCAGUCUGCACAAAUCCAGGACAAAGAAUACCUGUGCAAGUAUGCAGUGCCCUGUUUAAUUGGUAUAUCUCGAGCAUUUGGAAGAUAUAGCAACACUGAAGAAUCGCUUCUUUCCAAGUUGUUUCCCAAGAUCUCGCCUCAAUCUUUGAAAGCUCCAGAAGAGCUGGAUGGGAUCCGCAGACGCUCCUUCAAUGAUUUCCGAUCUAUUCUUCCAAAUUCAUUCCUCAAUGUAUGUCAAGGGGACUCACUGAAGAGGAAGACAAGCAGUGUAUCUAGUGGAUCACAGGUUAGCCCAGAUCGUGUUGUUCCACUGCCUGGAUCUCCUGCAGGAUCUAACAUCCAGUAUUUUGAAGGAUCCUAUUUGCCAGAUGGGAGUGCUGUAGAUCCGGAUUAUUACCUCACCACCAUCAGCUCUAGCUUCUCGGUCUCCCCGCUAUUUAUUGGCGUCAACAAUAAAGAGUUUGAUAUCCCCCAAGAAACUUUACGUCAACUACUGUGCAUGGUGAAGCAAAUUGUUGCAGAUCCAGUUUUGAGCUCAUUAGAUUCUCUCAUCACUGAAGUUAUAGAGGUGAAUCCCAGCGCUGAUCUUUUCUAUAAAACAUUCAGCGAUCCUCUCUACGUAGCAAUGUUUAAGAUGCUCAGAGAUACAAUGUAUAAUAUGAAAGAUCUCCAGACCUCCUUUGUAAAGGAGAUCCAUGACUUUGUAUUAGAACAGUUUAACAGCAGCCAGUCUGAGUUGCAGAAGAUAUUGCAUGAUGUGGAUAGACUACACAAUGAACUAAGUCCUUUGAAGCUGAGAUGUCAGGCUAAUGCGGCUUGUGUGGACCUCAUGGUUUGGGCUGUGAAGGAUGAGCAAGGUGCAGAAAAUCUAUGCAUUAAACUGUCUGAAAAGCUGCAGUCAAAGACAUCUAGCAAAGUUAUAAUAGCCCACAUGCCUCUCCUGAUCUGCUGCUUACAGGGGCUGGGUCGUCUCUGUGAGCGCUUUCCUGUGGUAGUUCACUCUGUAACUCCAUCUCUUCGGGAUUUUCUGGUCAUACCUUCUCCAGUGUUAGUAAAGCUCUAUAAAUAUCACAGCCAAUAUCAUUCAGGACCUAAUGACAUUAAAAUCAGCAUCACAAAUGAGCACUCUGAAUCAACAAUGAACGUUAUACAUGGUAAGAAGAGUCAGCCCUCCAUGUACGAGCAGCUGCGAGACAUUGCCAUUGAGAACAUCUGCAGGUGUCUGAAGGCAGGAUUAACUAUUGAUCCAGUUAUUGUAGAAGCCUUCCUUGCCAGUUUAUCCAAUCGCCUUUAUAUAUCACAGGAGAAUGAUAAAGAGGCACAUUUGAUUCCUGAUCACACAAUUCGGGCAUUGGGUCAUAUUGCUGUUGCCUUGAGGGAUACACCGAAGGUGAUGGAGCCAAUUCUUCAGAUUCUUCAACAAAAGUUUUGUCAACCACCAUCACAGUUAGAUGUGCUUAUCAUAGACCAGCUGGGCUGCAUGGUGAUAACCGGCAAUCAAUAUAUUUACCAGGAGGUGUGGAAUCUAUUCCAACAAAUAAGUGUAAAGGCCAGUUCAGUUGUAUAUUCUGCCACAAAGGAUUACAAAGACCAUGGAUACAGACAUUGCUCACUAGCAGUCAUCAAUGCACUUGCAAACAUUGCAGUGAACAUCCAAGGAGAACAGCUAGUAGAUGAGCUGCUGAUGAACCUACUGGAGCUGUUUGUGCAGCUGGGUCUAGAGGGGAAGCGAGCCAGUGAGAGAGCCAGUGAAAAAGGGCCAGCACUCAAGGCUUCUAGCAGUGCGGGGAACCUGGGAGUCCUGAUUCCUGUUAUCGCUGUGCUGACAAGGAGAUUACCACCCAUUAAAGAGGCCAAACCUAGACUUCAGAAGCUAUUCCGAGAUUUCUGGCUGUACUCUGUUUUGAUGGGCUUUGCGGUGGAAGGUUCCGGUCUGUGGCCAGAAGAAUGGUAUGAAGGAGUCUGCGAAAUUGCUACGAAAUCGCCAUUGCUGACAUUUCCUAGCAAGGAGCCUUUGCGUUCUGUUCUGCAGUACAACUCUGCUAUGAAAAAUGACACCGUGACACCGGCAGAACUUAAUGAGUUAAGGAGCACUAUUAUAAAUCUACUGGAUCCUGCUCCUGAAGUAUCGGCACUUAUCAACAAGCUAGACUUUGCCAUGUCCACUUAUCUGCUCUCUGUCUACCGGCUGGAACACAUGAGAGUCUUGAACUCGACGGAUAAGGAUCGGUUCCAAGUCAUGUUCUUUUACUUUGAAGACAAAGCUAUCCAGAAAGAUAAAUCAGGGAUGAUGCAGUGUGUUAUUGCUGUAGCUGAUAAAGUCUUUGAUGCAUUCUUAGCUGUAAUGGCUGAUAAGCCUAAAACAAAAGAGAAUGAGAAAGAGCUGGAGCGCCAUGCUCAGUUCUUGCUGGUAAACUUCAAUCAUAUUCACAAGCGCAUCAGGAGGGUUGCAGACAAAUAUUUAUCUGGCCUGGUAGACAAGUUCCCCCAUUUACUGUGGAGUGGUACAGUAUUGAAAACCAUGCUUGAUAUGUUGCAGACUUUGUCUCUUUCACUUAGUGCGGACAUUCACAAGGACCAACCAUAUUACGACAUUCCAGAUGCUCCAUACAGGAUCACUGUACCUGACACCUAUGAGGCCAGAGAGAGCAUUGUAAAGGACUUUGCUGCUCGAUGUGGGAUGAUCCUACAAGAAGCCAUGAAAUGGGCCCCAUCUGUGACUAAAUCCCAUUUACAGGAAUAUCUGAACAAGCACCAAAACUGGGUAUCUGGCCUCUCUCAGCAUACUGGCCUCGCCAUGGCUACUGAAAGCAUAUUACAUUUUGCAGGCUACAACAGACAUAACACAACUUUAGGACAAACGCAGCUAACUGAACGCCCAGCCUGUGUCAAAAAGGAUUAUUCCAAUUUCAUGGCAUCGCUGAACCUGCGUAACCGUUACGCUGGAGAGGUUGCUGGCAUGUUUGAGUUCUCCCGAGACACUGGUCGGACCUCUGAUCUGAACAAGUUCAUGCUGAGACAUCUGAAUAAUGCAUUGGAAUCCAGUCAGCCAGAGGCAUACACCCAAGUCAUGUUCAAGCUCACAGCCAUGCUUAUCAGCAGCAAAGAAUGUGAUGCGCAGCUUCUACACCACAUGUGUUGGGCCCCACUUCGUAUGUUUACUGACCAUGGAAUGGAAACAGCCAUUGCCUGCUGGGAAUGGCUUUUAGCAGCUAAGAAUGGGAUUGAAGUUCCGUUCAUGCGAGAGAUGUCUGGUGCUUGGCAAAUGACAGUAGAGCAGAGGAUUGGACUCUUCUCACCUGAGCAGAAGGAAGCAGAUCCCUUGGCUGCCUCAGAGCAAAGCCAACCUCAUCCAUGUCCUCCAGAAGUGAAUCCCCAUUACAUAUGGAUUGAUUUUCUGAUGCAGAGGUUUGAAAUUGCUAAGUACUGCAGCUCUGACCAGGUGGAGAUAUUCUCCAGUCUCCUGCAGCGAUCCCUCUCCUUAAAUAUUGGAGGGGCAAAAGGAAAUAUUAACAGACACGUUGCAGCUAUUGGCCCCCGCUUUAAGUUGCUGAUUCUGGGACUAUCAUUGUUACAUGCAGAUGUGGUUCCUAAUGCCACCAUCCGUAAUGUUCUUAGAGAAAAAAUCUACUCUACAGCAUUCGAUUACUUCAGUUCUCCUCCUAAGUUCCCAACACAAUCGGAGAAGCAGCUCCGGGAAGAUAUAACUAUUAUGAUUAGGUUUUGGACAGCCAUGUUCUCAGACAAGAAAUACCUUACAGCCAAUCAGCUGGUUCCUCCAGAUAAUCUGGAUCCCUCUGUGAAUAGUCUGUCUGCAAUGUCUGAUGUGGCACGUAGCAAUUUGGAUGUGACUGUGGGCUCUCGGCAACAGACUGCUCAGGGCUGGAUAAAUACGUACCCCUUAUCCAGUGGCAUGUCUACGAUCUCUAAAAAAUCUGGAAUGACAAAGAAAACAAACCGGGGGACCCAGUUACACAAGUACUACAUGAAAAGGCGGACUUUGCUUUUAUCCCUUCUGGCCACUGAGAUUGAUCGUCUGACAACAUGGUACAACCCCCUGUCUGCUCCUGAGUUGGAACUGGAUCAAACAGGAGAGAACAGUGUUGCCAAUUGGAGAUCUAAGUAUAUCAGCCUUAGUGAAAAGCAAUGGAAAGACAAUGUUAACCUGGCCUGGAGCAUUGCUCCUCAUCUAGCUGUUCAGUUACCAUUAAGGUUUAAAAACACUGACGCUAUUGCUGGAGAAGUGACCCGGCUCGUGAGACUGGAUCCAGGUGCUGUCAGUGACAUUCCAGAGGCAAUCAAAUAUCUGGUAACCUGGCAUACGAUAGAUGCAGAUGCUCCUGAGCUUAGCCAUAUUCUGUGCUGGGCACCAACGGAUCCACCUACUGGACUGUCUUAUUUCUCCAGCAUGUACCCUCCACAUCCACUAACUGCCCAGUAUGGGGUCAAAGUACUGCGAUCAUUCCCUCCGGAUGCCAUUCUUUUUUACAUUCCACAAAUAGUCCAAGCACUGAGAUAUGAUAAGAUGGGUUAUGUUCGGGAAUACAUUCUGUGGGCAGCUGCUAAGUCCCAGCUAUUAGCUCAUCAGUUUAUCUGGAACAUGAAGACCAACAUUUAUCUAGAUGAAGAAGGGCAUCAAAAGGAUCCUGACAUUGGAGAUCUGCUGGAGCAGCUCAUGGAGGAAAUCACAGGAUCCCUGUCAGGGCCUGCUAAAGACUUCUACCAGCGGGAGUUUGACUUUUUCAAUAAAAUAACCAAUGUGUCUGCUAUUAUUAAACCAUACCCUAAGGGAGAAGAACGUAAAAGAGCUUGCCUUAAUGCCUUGUCUGAAGUAAAGGUGCAGCCUGGGUGUUACCUGCCCAGUAACCCAGAAGCUAUUGUGUUGGAUAUUGACUACAACUCUGGAACGCCCAUGCAAAGUGCGGCAAAAGCUCCAUAUCUAGCCAAGUUUAAGGUGAAGAGAUGCGGAGUCAGUGAGCUGGAGAAGGAAGGCCUCCAAUGUCGCUCAGAUUCUAUUGAUGAAAGCGAGGAGGAAGAUGUGGAUAAAAAGAUAUGCUGGCAAGCGGCUAUCUUUAAAGUGGGAGAUGAUUGCAGACAAGAUAUGCUGGCUUUGCAGAUAAUCGAUUUAUUCAAGAAUAUUUUUCAACUGGUUGGACUUGACCUCUUUGUCUUUCCGUACAGGGUAGUGGCUACAGCUCCUGGGUGUGGAGUUAUCGAGUGUAUUCCAGACUGCACCUCAAGGGAUCAGCUAGGUCGGCAGACCGAUUUUGGCAUGUAUGACUACUUCACGAGGCAAUAUGGAGAUGAGUCUACUCUGGCAUUUCAAAAGGCUCGAUAUAAUUUCAUUCGGAGUAUGGCAGCCUACAGCCUCUUACUGUUCCUGCUGCAGAUUAAAGACAGACACAAUGGCAACAUCAUGCUGGAUAAGGAGGGGCACAUCAUCCACAUUGAUUUUGGAUUUAUGUUUGAGAGCUCCCCCGGGGGCAACUUAGGCUGGGAGCCUGAUAUAAAGUUAACGGAUGAGAUGGUGAUGAUCAUGGGACGCAAAAUGGAAGCAACGCCUUUUAAGUGGUUCAUGGAGAUGUGUGUACGUGGCUACCUGGCUGUCAGGCCGUACAUGGACGCCGUAGUAUCUCUUGUGACACUCAUGUUGGACACUGGACUUCCUUGCUUCCGUGGACAGACAAUAAAAUUGCUGAAGAACAGAUUUAGUCCCAACAUGACGGAGAAAGAAGCAGCAAACUUCAUCCUGAAGAUAAUUCAGAACUGCUUCCUCAGCAACAGGAGCAGAACCUAUGACAUGAUCCAGUACUAUCAAAAUGACAUCCCUUACUGAUCAGUGCAUCCUUCCCGUGUUUGUAGUGAACUGUAGUCUUGUAUCUGCACAAUCUGUAUAGCCACAGACUGGGGGAACUGCAGCGAGAGUGAAGUGUGGAGAUUGGAAGACUUGGGAGGUGAUAGAUUUCUUUGUGACAACAAUUCAGACAAUUUUUGCACUGGCUUGUUGAAUUUAUUCUGUCAAAAAUACAAAUAAUUCUACCCUUCUAUUUAUGAGACUAAGAUUAAAUAUAUUUUCGUGCUCCGUUUUCAUAACUGAGCGUGUUAUUAUGUUGAAGUUUCCCAGGGGGAGGUGGUGUAGGACAAAAUGUUAAUAUUUGGUUACAAAAAACAGCAUUGCCGGCUUCCCUGCUCUUUGAUCAAGCACAUUUAGUACUUUGGCAUGUAUAGUUCUGUUAGCUAUAACUAGCAGAAAUUAAAGAUGGCCCAUGGCUUCUCCUGGACUGUAUAGCGCACUGCACCUUUAAGAUCGAAGAACCUACUUCAUGCAGGAAUGAUGAAGAAAGAUUUACUUCUGUAUGUAUAAAUACUUUAUCGAAAUGUAUUUAAUGUGUAAAAUAUAAUUUAAUAAAAUACAAAAAAAGCAAACCA